CACACCAAAUAAAAACUAGACAACAAAACUUACUUCUAAUUCAAUAUUAACAAUCAACAGGCUUAUCUACAACUAUUGAAAAAUCCUAAUUGAGCUCUGAUAAAUCAGUGAUUCUUGAGAAUAGGGACAAAACAGGUUCCAUGGAUAAAGUACAAAAUUUGAAUAAAAUAUACACCAAAUAUAUAUAUUUUAAAUAUCUGACUAAACUAACCUGGGUCAUCUGAGCACAACAAUGUAUGUUUUCCUGGUGUUUGCUGAAUAUUUUUUUAUUUUAAACAUUGUAGUAGGUGAAUGGUGUCUGUAAAAACCCUUGUCCUGGUGUAGAACUCAAUACAUUAUCAUAGUUUAAAAGAACUAAAAUAAUUAUAUUUAGUUGUCAUAAUAUAUUAUUUUAUAAGUAUUCAAACAACUAACUUCAUAACUAUCAAUGAAUGCAAUUAAAAGUCAUUUAAUGUAUUUUCAAAUUCAAUUGAAAUUGUGUCCUCAGUUUUUGUCAACACCGUCAGACAUAGAAAGAAUGUGAAAAAAAUCAGGCAUUAUUGAAGGGCACCAGAAAUUCUGAGGACCCCAUGACCACUUCCUUUCUCUUCCUGUGCUUGGGGGGGAUAAGCAGCUCUGGCUACAAUGGCCAGAGAAAAGCUGUCAGUGGAGGAGCGCAAGAGAAGGAACAGGGAGUAUCAGAAAAGAAGGAGAGAAAAAAUAAAUAGCCAGCCUGAGCUGAAGGAAGAGUUUUUAAGAAAGGAAAGGAAAAGAUGGAGACAGAGAGUGGAAGAGGGAAAAAUAAAACAUAUCAAUAAUCUGGGUGAAAGAGAUAAGAGACGUAAGAGAAGACUUUGGAAGCAAAAACAAAAGGAGGCAAGAGAACGCAGAAACAGAGCAAAGGAAGGCUCUGCAAAAUUAUUCUUUGACAAGGUGUCCAACAGCUUAAGUGGUGUCAAGCUGCAAUUUGUGACAAAUGAAGAUUUUCAGUCUUAUGACUCUCUCCUCCUGCAAACCCUGAAAUCAAUUCCAGGAACAAGAAACAUUCACCAAGUGCUAGCUCAGGGGAAUGUCAUCCAUUGUAGGUUCCUUUCAUGUUUUUGCGGAGAGCCACAGAUUUGCAAGUGCUUCAGUCCCACCAUUCACUCUUUUGGCAACACAACACAGGACCCAGAUGUCCAUGAAAGUUCAACCACUGCUAAAGUUCAAAAUCCUCUGGAAAUGCUGAUGGAGGAAAUGGAGAAGGAGCCGAGCAAGACACCUAAAGGAACAACAACCCUGAUAGAUCCUUGUGAUGUCCAAAGUGAAGACUGGCUUGUUGUGAUGUAUGAUGGAAAAUGGUGGCUGGCUAAAGCCUUACAAAUUGACAAAGAGCACGAAGAUGUACAAGUGGAAUUUUUUCAUCCUCAUGGACCAACUCUUAGCUUCAAGCAAAAACAAGGUCGUCGGGAUAUCUGCUUUGUGCCAUUUUCGGAUGUCCUAGUUAGGCUGAGAAAACCAUCCUCACCAGUCCGCACAAGCAGCACCAGGGGUGUAUACCGCAUUUCACCAGCUGUUAUGGAUUUUAUUGAAGGAGAAUAUGUGACACGUCUAUUGCCUGGGGAUUAAAUAUUCUGACUUUUAAGCGAUUUAGAAAGAUAUGAAUUAGUUCACAAUAUAUUUCAAAAAGUUCUGUCGUGUAUAUUUUUGUUUGUAUUCAUCUUUUACAUUUUGAUUGAAAAUCGUCCUGGUUGAUGACUUCAGUGACAAAGGUACAUUCUCAAAAAUUUAGAUGUUCCUUGAAAUCUAAAUAUGGUUAUUUCACAUUUUUUCUUCAUAUCUUCACAUUCUACAACAUUUCAGCAUUUAAUUCUUCUUAAAUGUCAUUUCAAGUUCAGUGUUUUCUUUUUACUUACUAGUUUGUCACCACCAUCAGUUUUGUGUCAACACCGUCAUGUGCCGUCAACUCUGUCAGAUGUAGUUUAUGUUGCAUUUUGUUUAAAAUAAUAUUUAUUUUGUUUCUUGAUAGGCAUUUGUUUGUGAAAUGUCUGAAUUCAUGUAUUUGGUGCAUAUGUGUUUUUUUACUAAUAAAUGACACUGUUCAUUGUGGUGAUUACUUUCAAAAUUGUUUUUUGUAUCAAUUGAACUGGAGUAAUUAAAUACAGACUAAAUAAAUGUUUAAAUUGUGGUAUGAUUAAUUUAAAAAACAUGGACAUAAUUAAAAUAAUUAAGACACCACAGAGAGUAAAAAUAUCAGUCAUAAGUUCAUUAAAAAAUAAUUUUAUACCAAUUUAUUUUUGUCUGAUGGUGUUGACAAAUUUCUCAGUCAGAUCCAGUAAAAAUGUAAUUUAAAAGAAAAUGCUGCAGCUGGGAGCCUGCACCUGAACAUAUUUACAUUCCCAAAACAUUAUUUGUCAUGUAUGAAUACAUAACUUCAGGAAUAAAUAACAUUUUUGGUGGAAGAAUUUUAAAACCAUUUUGUCCCUUAUCUCAAGAAUCACUGAAAUGUGUGAAUAGUUCAUUAGUGGUUUAAUUCUGUAAAAUUACUGUAAUUAUAAAACGUUUUCAGUUCAUGAAUGCAUACGACCAAGCUGAAGUGGCUUUUAUGAAAAGCUGUUUUUACUGAUACUUGAACUGU